AUGGACGGGCAGGGCCAAGGGGACGGCGAGGGCGGCCCGAAAAUUGACGUGGACGCGUCACUUGAGCUGCUGGAACGUCAAGAAGUGUCUAACGGAGAACUCACGUACGAUAACAGGGUUAUAAAUGAGAACAGCCGAACUGUCCCUACCAUGAAAACUUUCGAAAAUAUCUACGAAGAAUUGGACGAAAACGACAUAACUGAAAUCCAUCUAGGUAAUGAUGAGACUGAGAGCGCUGUGGCAGGCCUUGAAAAAUGUACUGCGGAGGAAGACGCUGCCCGAGAUAGGGUUCUGUCAGAAGAGGCAGAAGUGUGCGACAGUGUGCACGUAACCAUGUUAGGUCAGGGUAAACAGCCGUGGGCAGAGGUAUUGGUGACUAAGGCUGGUGUGACAGACAGUCGCUCCAGGAAGCGGAACGCCUCUCGAGAACUGGACGGAGCGAACGGAGCUCUCAAUAAGAAAUUAAAAAUAGAACACACUAAUGAAAACAUAUAUCUGGGUACAGAAAGUGAAAAGGCAGCUCACGAACGUCGAGUGAAUGACAAUCUGGAAGAACAAAGACCUGCUAAAAUUAAUGUUAUCGAUAUAUGUCCACCGGUUGCCAUUGUCACGCCUCUAAGUUUUAAAAAUAAUAGUUUUGCCGAAACUGAUUCGUUAAAGGAUGAGAGCGGUCAUAAAGGCGAUAAUGAAAUAAAAAGUGACAUUAAUUUAAUCCUUGACUCAUUAGAAAGAGUAGAUGUAAAAGGCAUAGGCGAGCUUCCUAAAAACAAAACCGAUUUACCCUCGGAUAGUCUGUAUUUGAGUGAUUCCGAGUUUGAAAAGUUUAAAAAUGAUAUUCUAUCAGAACAGUCAUUCCAGACAGUAGAUGGAAACAACUGGACUUUUAAAAGGACUGACUGGGUUUCAUAUCACAAUGCAGACAAUUCAGUGAACUUUACCAAAAAAACAUUAACUAUAAAAACAGAGAUAGAAGAUUUUGAAAAUGUUUUGAAAAAUUUCAAAGAGUCUGAUUCUAGUUCGACGAAAAGUGAAAUGAACGAACUUAAUGCCAUCACGAUGAAAAGCAGCCCGGACGGUACCAGAUCUGUCUCCAAAUCAAACGAGGUAAACCCUAACGUUACAGUGUCAAAGGAUGAAAUACUGCGGAACUCGCAACUCCUUCGUGAAUUGCUUGAGCAUGAUACAGACAUUGGCAAUAAACCUUUGCCAAAAACUCUAAAACGUUCUGCUAGUGUUGAUUUGUCAUUUUUAAAUUCUGACACAAUUGGUACAAACAAAUAUAACUCGCCUGCUUCCAUGUUUUUAAAAACAAAAACUAUCGAGCCAGUUCCGGUGUCAAACGAUGUAAACGGUAUCCGAACGGGAAGCGCUAAUGCAGAGUCGGGGCCAGAUGAAGUAAAAUCUGAAGAGCACGGGCCCUUGCCUUUAGCGGAGCAGCGCCGGGCUAGCGUAACAUUGCACCAUAAAACACCCAGUCUCACUGAUCUCGUCACAGCUUCCGCUUCACUAAAUAAUAUGGACGGUGAUGAAACUGAAGCAAUUUUGAAUGAAAUUAUUGGAGCAAAUAACGGGAUAGUAUUCAAUGCAUACAACAACGAUAAAAUGUCACAUCCUACCAAUAUGGUUAACGGGUUUGCGCAGAACGGAUUGGAAAAUCACAGCACUGCGCUGUACUCGAUUUUUCAAGCCAAUUCUCGGCGUUUUUCUGAUGGAGAUAGCACGCCAAACCCUGCUGGCGGAUUAUCACCUCUUGUCCGGACGCGGAUGGAUAACCCCGCGGGUGUGGCAGCAAGACAGGGGAUGGCUGGCCGCGGUAUCGCCUCCCUCACGCAACACGAUUUGGAUGCCAUGCCGCUAGAGCGGCGUCAGCUGCUUGCAUCGCGUUAUGCGCACAUGAUGCGUUCUGGUAGAGGUUUCGCGCCGUUUCAGAAUAUGCGGUACCCCUCGCCAGCAUCAAGCCCGGACAUGAGUGACGUGUCGAGGUUGGGGGACAAUGGAAACCAAUUAGGUGCGGUACAGUAUCCAGUCAAGGAACCAAGUUUGGGACAUACGAAAGACCCAACUACUUAUCAGAUGACAGGAAAUAUGAAAGACAGAAUGCGGCUUCUGAUGAUGCAGCAGCUCCAUCGACGAAAGUUGGAAGAGCAGACGGGGUUACGGCAGGAAAGGAGCCAGUUUGGAAGUGGUGACGGACAUGACCACAGUCACCCACAUUUGUAUCACCGCAUGCAUGACACAUCACGCUGUAAGGCAUACAGUCAUGUUCCAGGACAUUGUGAUACAUACUCGCAAGGAGUCGGUGACCAUAAUCGUGAUUUCCAUCAAGGGAUCCCGAAUCGGCAUGGUCAGGUGAGUGCUAGCUACCCUGGCCAAGAUCAUAUAGCUGUUAGAAUGGCUCUGUCGCACAAUCCGCGAGUUUUUCAACGACAACCAUCUAACACAAUGCCACAAAACCAGCCACAGACAUAUCGGUAUAACCAAUCUCAAAUGCAGCAAUAUAGAUUGCAUGAACAGCACAUGCAGCAGCAGCAGCAACAGCAGCAGCAACAACAACAAUUACAACAAGUUCAUCAUCAGGUGCAGCUCCCAGAACAUUUUCAACCAUGCCUAUCACAACCUUACAGCUUUUAUCACGGACCAAAUAUCAACAGUACUGCCAUGACUAACAUUCAAAGUAACACUGCUUCUAGUAAUCUAGGACAAACUCAUACCAAUGUAUAUAAUGGUAAUAUGCCGGAGAUGCAGGGUCCGUUCCACCAAUCACAGAGCCGACACGCCCAUAUGCACCACUACCACUUAAAUACUUCGCCCAUUGCCAAGCAAUUGAACGCAACCCAGGACACGGACGGGGGGUCGGGGAACCCGUCAUUGCCGGCGCACAUCGCUGGCGGUGUCAACGACCCUGCGGCGGAGAACGGACUGGGCAACACUGACUCACAGGGAUUUGAUCCACAAUUCUCCGAUUUGUUCUUUUGA